AUGACUCUGGACGACUGUGACUCCGUGGAGGACUCUCAGACCGGGGUCGGACAGAUGCUGGGCUCCAACACCUCCAAGCCUUUGCACAGAGGCAACGGCACCAGGAGCUCCGGCUGCGGCUCCGUGUCCGUGGGCUUCCCCAUCACCAUGAUGGUCACCGGCAUGGUGGGGAACUCCCUGGCCCUCAUCCUGGUCUACAUCUCCUACAGAAAAAAGGAGAAUAAGAGGAAACGCUCCUUCCUGCUGUGCAUCGGCUCUCUGGCUCUCACGGACCUGUUCGGACAGCUGCUGACCAGUCCCAUCGUCAUAUCCGUGUACAGAGCAGACCUGCGGUGGGAGCGCGUGGACCCGUCCGGGUACCUGUGCCCGUUUUUCGGCGUGUGCAUGACAACUUUCGGCCUGUGCGCGCUCUUCAUGGCCAGCGCCAUGGCGACGGAGCGCGCCACGGCCAUCACCAACCCGCACUGGUACUCCAACCACAUGAAGACCAGCGUGACCAAGCAGACCCUGGCCCUCAUCUGGGGGCUGGGGCUGCUCUUUGCGCUGCUGCCCGUCGCGGGGGUCGGUAAAUACACCCGCCAGUGGCCCGGCACCUGGUGCUUCAUCAGUGUGGGAGACAGCCAGGUGUCCGGGAACAUGUUCUUCUCCGUCACCUUCGCUCUUCUGGGGAUCUUCUCUCUGCUUGUCACAGUUUCCUGUAACGUUGUCACCAUCCGGAGUUUAAUAAUCCGCUGUAAAUCCAAGUCCGGGACGUCCCAGUCCUCCAAACAGUGGGAACGGCUCACCACGGAAACCAUCAUCCAGUUAUUAGGGAUCAUGUGCGUCCUGCUCAUCUGCUGGUCUCCUUUACUGGGCUUGAUGCUGCGGAUGAUCUACACCCAGAUAUCGUCCCAUGAAUGCAGUUCGGCUGCAGGACACUCCAGCUCCACCUCUGACCGGGAAGUUCAGUUCGACUGUAACUUCUUUUUGACGGCCAUCCGCCUGGCGUCCCUCAACCAGAUUCUGGAUCCGUGGGUCUAUCUGCUCUUCAGGGAGAUCCUUCUGCGCAAGGUCUGCUUCGUAGCCAACGCCGUCUCCAACUGCUCCAUAGAGGACCGGAAGGAGACCCAGACGGCCCGGGACGCUCUCAACAAACCAGACCAAGACACCAACAGCCUCCACAAACCACAGAGCAGCUAA